UUAGGAUUGAACUAAGUUGGACAUUUUGUGGUGGAUUUUUUUUUCUCUGCCUCUCUUUUUCUUUUUCUUUUUUUUAUCGUACAUUAUUUUGAAGGUGCGUCUAUUCGACCAAUGGCGCUGCAGCUUCUUCAGGCGUGAUUGACGGCGUGGGAGGAGCGCUCUGUCUGUCUGCGAUAUAAACCCGGCGAGAGAGGCAGGAACAGGACAGACCUUCAAAACUCAUCCAGGGGAUCGCAAGGCUUAAGGAAACUUUCAAAGACUGAAGAUUCACCGAUUAUUCAUCAACUUUUCCCCCGUGUUUUGGAGCUCACUGUCCACUUUUUUCCCUUUUUAUUUUCACCAGACUUUUAAUUCAAUCUUCCGAAAUGUUUCCAGAGUCAAGCAAGGGUUUGAGCUAUGAGGACUGCAAGGCCACGGCUGACUGGCUGCUGACGCAGACGGACAUGCGCCCCACCGUGGGCAUCGUGUGCGGCUCGGGCCUCGGAGGGCUGGCCGAUCUGUUAAAGGACCAGGUGGCCUUCAACUACAAGGACAUCCCCAACUUCCCUCAGAGCACCGUGCACGGACAUGCGGGAAGGCUGGUGUUCGGCACCAUGAAGGGGAAACCCUGUGUCUGCAUGCAGGGCCGCUUCCACCUCUACGAAGGCUAUCCGAUCCAGAAGAUCACUCUGCCUAUGCGCAUUUUCAAGCUGCUUGGCGUCCAGACGGUGGUAAUCACCAACGCAGCCGGAGGCCUGAACCAAGACUUUAAGGUGGGCGACAUCAUGAUCAUCAAAGACCACAUCAACCUGCCGGGGUUCGCCGGCAACAAUCCACUGGUUGGACCCAAUGAUGAAAGGUUUGGCGUGCGGUUCCCCUGCAUGUCUGACGCCUACGACCGAGACCUGCAGCAGCUGGCCAUGGAAGUAGGACAGGAGCUGGGGUACGGAGACUUCUUGAAGGAGGGAGUGUACUGCGUGCUGGGUGGCCCGUCAUUCGAGACGAUCGCAGAGUGCCGAAUGCUCCACUUGCUGGGCGUUGAUGCGGUUGGUAUGAGCACCGUCCACGAGGUGAUCGUCGCCCGCCACUGCGGCAUGCGCGUCUUCGCCCUGUCUUUGAUCACCAACCUGGCGGUGACGGACUACGACAGCGAGGAGAAGGCCAACCACGAGGAAGUCCUUCAGGCGGGCAAACAGCGAGCGGAACAGAUGGAGCGGCUAGUUUCCUCCGUGGUGAACCGGAUUGAGCCCAACAACAAUUACAUCUGAACGGGGGAACACCUGAGGACAUUUAAACCUGGCUGAGGUUGUAGGUCGUCAUGCCAAGGAGAAUACUUCCUGCCCUAAAGUAGACUCCUUUUUUCUUUUUUUUUUGUGGGAUUUUGUGUAAAUAUGGCAUGAACAUGUGUCUCUGAGCCUACAGGACAUACAUUCCCCUAAAGGGUGGCUCGAUAAUAAGUCACUUCUCAGUUCUGUUUUGUAUUUUUUUUAAAAAGGCAUAUUUGUUCUAACUUAUGUGAUCAUCUUGUAAAAUAACUACAAUUUAACUUAACGAUUAUAAAUUUUCUGUACGGAUCUUAAUAUUGUCUUUUUGGUUGAAACGUGUAUAUUGUACCAGGUAUUUUACUGCUUGUUUUGUUUUUUCUUUCUUUUAACGACUGUUGCUACUAAAAGUGCUAUUUAUUAAAAUGUUCAGCUUGUGUAUGUGGGUAGUUGGGGUAUGGAUGGUGGCUGCAUUUGUCCCUUCUGGUAAAGAUCUGGGAAGUAGAAGGAAAGCAAAUGCCCUAAAAAAACCAUUUUUUAAAACCCUGUUUUUACUAAAUUACCUGUUUUAUAGUUUUAACAAUCCCUUUGAAAUAAAUGUUAACUGAAG